AUGAGUGAAAUUCCCCCCCUUCCGGCGACUGUAUCGGGUAUGGCCUUAGCUCUCGGGGCUUUGGGCCUUCCAUCUGAUACCCGAGAGUCCAAGUUCGAGCUUCUCGCUGCGGAACUUCUGGGAGAAAUUUUCGAUUUCUUGGAUACAGAGGACAUUAGCAAUGUUCGUAUGACUUGUCGGAUAUUCGCCAACGCCUGUAUUCGAUACUUGCCCAAGAAGUGUGGGGUCAGCUGUGCGAAAACCAGCCUCGAGAGAAUCGAACACAUUUCCUCACACCAACUCAUCUCUCAACGUAUUCGGUCUCUUACAGUAGACUGCAGCCAGUUUUGGACCCUUGUUCACGGGAGGCCAAACCAAUCAUGGGAUUAUGUUCCUGCGGUUGAUCCCGAGGAAUUUCCGUGGUGUGAAGCAUACAAGAAAUUGUGGAAAGAGCAGAAAUCGAUUAAACAAGAUGGCAAAGAUAUUGAUAUCAUAUCUCGAGCUAUUCCACACUUCAAGAAUCUCAAAUCUGUCCGCAUUUGCAUGGGGUGUUUUAAUGAAGACGGGCGCUUGCAUCGAGAGACCUACAACUCUGCGUUAGGACACUUCAGCUCUGCCCAUGAUAAGCCAGUUUCUUGCAGCAUUCGCCAGUAUCUGAUGGUCAUGGAGCCGUUACGUGAUGCAGGGAUCAAGAUAGAAUCCCUCGAGCUUCUCGAUAUUUCAUAUGGGAUAUUUUACCCUGUAACGCAGAUCAUAGCUGGCAUGCAGGCGAUUUUUGAGCAUCUUACCAACUUGUCCAUCCGGGUCCAAGUUCACCCUGACAAGGUGAUGAGCUCCGCGGAAGGGAAACCCGAACUUGGACGUGUUCUUUCUUGGGGUAUACUUGCGAGAUAUCUCGAAGCAGCUACGCGUCUACGCUCUUUAUCACUCUCCUCCAAGGAUGACCACGGAGGAAGAAUGAUGUCUUCUGACAAUGCGUUCCCUGAAGACAUGAUUUGGGAGCACUUGCACACACUUACAUUCGAUAAUGUCUGGAUCGCAGAGAAUAUACUAGUUGGUCUGGCCACUCGCCAUGGCAAGACGUUGAAGAACUUGAACCUACACAACAUUAUCCUCUGCGGUUCGUGGUUCACUGCCUUACCCGCCAUUCGCGAAGGAACCUCUCUUGAAAAGGCCGUGGUUUACGGCUGGAUUGCCAAUCCAGUGGGCGAAUACUCACGACGUGAACACUGGAGGGUCGGUGUUUAUCCUGAUAGAGUGUUUGAUACGCCCUGGGGGGACGACGGAAGAGAGCACACACUUGGGCUCCAAGUUGCAUCAUACCUGUGCAAAGAACCUGGAGCGGUUGCACUGCCAUUGGAUUAUUCAAACAUGACUAGACACUUUUGA